AAAGAUUGUACAGCACAAAAAGAACAAACCACACGAUGGCGUGGUACUGUUCAGGGUCCAGCAACACGGAGAUGAUCGAAAACCUGUACAGAACCGGAUUGAUCAAGAAUGAACGGGUGAAAGACGCCAUGCUCAAGGUUGACAGGGGCCACUAUGCCCCUUCAAGGCCAUACUCGGACUCCCCGCAGUCGAUCGGACACAGUGCGACGAUAUCUGCCCCGCACAUGCACGGACACGCGUGCGAAUACCUCAUUGAUUUCAUCAGGCCUGGCUCUCGGGUGCUGGACAUUGGAUCCGGAUCUGGCUACUUGACGCACGUUCUCGCUAACCUUGCCACCGGGCCAGCGGACACCGAUGGCGGGUGUGUGAUUGGGGUAGAUCAUAUACAGGAGCUCGUUGAUCUGGCAAAUCACAAUAUGCGCAAGUCGGAGCAGGGCCGCAGCUUACUAGACAGCGGCAAGGUGGAGUUUAUUACUGCGGAUGGUCGCUUGGGGUGGAAAGAUGGCGCGCCGUAUGAUGCCAUCCAUGUUGGCGCGGCGGCAGAAGAGCUCCAUCCUGUGUUGAUGGAACAACUUCGGGCUCCGGGGCGGAUGUUUAUUCCUGUUGCCGCUGCCGGUGAAGGGGGACGGCGAGGGAGUCUUGGUUUUGGCGGUGGGCAGUAUAUCUGGGUAGUGGAUAAAAAGGAGGACGGUUCGGUGCAUAAGGAGAAGGUACUGCAAGUUAGUUACGUUCCUCUGACGGAUCCACCGAGGAGAUAGGUUAUGGAGUUAGUGUUUCGCUACUUGAAUGAACUAAGACUGGAAUGCCAUAUAGUAAACAUGCCAACAAUUAAGUGGUGCAAACAGGUAACUAGCCAACAUGAACGCCCAA